AGAUGUCUCGGAGCCGGGGGAAGGGAAGUGCCGCUCCAGGCCCCGUCCCAGAAGGACUGAUCCGUCUCUACAGCAUGCGCUUCUGUCCCUUUGCAGAGCGAACCCGUCUCGUCCUGAAAGCCAAAGGCAUUAACCAUGAAAUAAUAAACAUCAAUUUGAAGAACAAACCUGAUUGGUUCUUUGAGAAAAAUCCAUUUGGGUUGGUACCUGUCCUGGAGACCAGCAAGGGUCAGCUGAUCUAUGAGUCUCCAAUCACAUGCGACUAUUUGGAUGAAGCCUACCCGGGAAAAAAGCUCUUGCCUGAAGACCCAUAUGAGCGAGCAUAUCAAAAGAUGCUCUUGGAGCACUUCUCCAAGCUUACACCUCUGGCCUACAAACAUUUCAUGGCCAUUCAAAAUGGGGAGGACAGCACUGCCCUGAAAGCUGAGUUCGGUGAGAAGCUUGGCAAGUUUGAAGAGAUUCUAGCAAAUCGCCAGUCUGUCUUCUUUGGUGGGGACUCGGUAUCUAUGUUUGACUACCUGAUCUGGCCUUGGUUUGAACGUCUGGAAGCUUUCCAGCUGUAUGACUGUCUAGGCCACACCCCAAAGCUCAAGUGCUGGAUGGAUGCCAUGAAGCAGGACCCUGCAGUCAAGGCUACAAUGACUGACUUCCAAACAUUCAAAGGCUAUCUGCAGCUGUAUGUCAAGAAUAGCCCUGAAGCAUGUGACUAUGGGCUCUGAGGUUCAAAUGGGCACCUCCCAUUCAGAAAUCCAUCCCUGCUCUCCUGGUGUGCCUCAUUGUGUAGUUUUGUGUGCAUCUUUCUUGAGGGGGAUUAAUCUGUUCUGGAAAAGGAUGAGUGGACUUCUGUGAACUCCCCCCCUUCCUGUCAGGCGGAGGUUGUGCUGGCUUCAGGCAGAAGUUGGAAAGUCACCAGCCCUUGAGCACAUCCUUCAAAGAAACGUGCUGAUGUAACCCUCUGUGCUCUCUGUCUUCCUUCUUUGUACGGAUAGGGAUGUGUAUUUGCUUUCUCUGUCACUUGGUUUAAAGUGAGUGAUUCUGAUGCUGUAACAAUAAAAGGAGAAAUCUUUCUUUAAAAAUA